AGGAGAGUACGAGGUGAGUUGCCUUAGCUUUCGGUACGGGAAGCUUCCUUACUUUAACUACAACAUUUUCGAUAAUAUUCUAUCGAGACUAGAUAGAGUAUUUUUAUUUUUAUCUUACUUUUUUUUUGUUCUUUCUUCCAGAAAGAAAAAGAAAAAACGAAAGAAAGAAAAAACUUCAUUGGUGAAGAAGUGUCAUCGUCGUCAUCAUAGUUAACACUAGUUUCCGGUUCGAUCCUAUAUUUUCAUUAUAUCCCCCCCCCCUUUUAUACUACUUUUUCUUUUUUUUUUCCUAUUUUUGUUGUAACCACACAACGCAUAUACUUAUUCGUUUCAUUCACAUUUCGGGGUAUUUCCCUUUUCGGAACCUUUUUUUGAUCGAGUGUUACGAGUAAGAUAAUAAACGCGUUUAGUAUAAUUAUUUGAUCGUUUUAACAUUCGAAAUAUAUAUUUUGUGGGAGAGUAACAAGAGGAGGAAAGUUUCAUUGCGUGAUGACGCGAAAAAAAUGUACACCCUAUCGAUGUGGCUGAUGAGGCGCAACUCAAGCCUCUCCCGGGAAACGUUAGGUCUUAGAGAAUGCACAAGCUAGCUAAGGGAUUGAAAAAGAAGAAAAAGUCGAAGAAAAAUAAGAAGGGCGAGGAGGAAGAGUUCGACCCGGAGGAACUUGAACGUUACAGGCGUGAACGUGCGGAGCGAGCAGAGCGGGCCGAACAGAAAGCCGAGGAUUCUGGUGAACCUGUAAUUGCGGCCGGCAAUGCUGGCUCCGACGAAUGGCAAAAGUUCGAGGCUUUGACGGCUGGUGUUGAUUCUUUGUUAAAAAAGACCCAAGGUGAUCUAGAUCGUAUUAAAUCAGUUUCAUUUUUCCAACGUAAACCGGCCUUGGUUGAGGAAAAGAAAAAGAAUAAAUCAGAGGAAGAGGAACAGGACGAAGAGAAAAAAAGCAAAUCCACGUCGAAGAAGUGGAUUGGUUUUGACGAAGAAGGAAAUCUCGUUAAUAAGGAACCCGGUGAAGGUGCUACUGUAGAAGGUGAACCUAGUAAAUCUAACGAUAAAUUGUUAGUCAGCGAAAACGGUUUCGUUGAGAUACCAGACGACGAGGAUGAACAAGAGGAUUCGGCAGAUGAAGAUAUAUUUGACACGACAUACGUCGACGUUCUUCAAAAUAUCGACGUACAAUUAGCUUAUAUACCCGACAGUCCUGUUGAAGAAAAUUUAGACGACGAUCCGUUCGAUACUACCAACGCUGAAAAGGUACUCAAAACAGUCGAUAAAAAGGGCAACAAGUUGGUUAGUCUCGGUAAUGCAGUUGAAAUUUUAUCCGGUAGAAUUGAUCAUGUGAGUACGUGUAAAUUACCUCCCAAAAGUAAAAAGAAAUCUGUCGUACAGCAGGAUUUAUUGUUGGAAGAUUUCGAGGAAUUAGAAGGUGGAUUUACUUCAGAAGGUAUCGUUGCCGAACCGAUAGAAGUUGAGAAAACACUUUUAGACGACGAUUCCGAUUUACCGGAUAUACCAAUCGAUUUAACUAAAUUACCUACAGUUUUACCGAAACCUGUCACACCUGUGACUACCCAAGAAACCGAAAUAAUCACAACCGAAACUAAAGAAACGAUCGAUAUCACCGAAUUCGAAUUACUCAAAGAAAAAACAAUUUUGGAAGAAAUUCCUGACUUGGAUGAUGCCGAAUUUGAUUUAACCGCACCCACUGACAAUCCGAUUCGACUCGAGGAAGCUGAGGAUCCAUUCGGUGAGAAAGAACCAAUUGCAAAAGAUUUUCAAACCGAAAUUAUCGAAGCUAGUUUCGAAGCGGCUACGUUCGUUGACGAGGAGGAUCCUUUUGACACUACUUUCGCUGAAAAUAUAUUACCCGGCAAAACUGAACUGAAAUUUAUCGAAAAAGAAUUAGAAGAAUUACCGAUAUCCACGGUUUCCAUAUCGUUGACUGAUCCUGCUGGCUUAAACAGAGACUACGAAACAGGUUUACCCAAACUCGAGGAAAAUAGUAAUGUAAAUAAGAAAGAUUUGUUAAGUAGUUCAACGAGUGAUUUGAGUUUGAUCGAUCCCCCCAUAGCACCAGUUGAAGAACUCACAUAUGUUGAUCCUUUCGACACAUCAGCGAUCAAAGAAAUACCACCUGGUCAAACAGAAUUGAAAUUUCUUGAAAGAGAACUUCUCGGUGAACAACCUAAGACUGAUAGUGUUCUCGAUAACGUCAACGUCAACGUUCUUGACAACAACGACGACGACGACGACGAUUUUGAUCCUAGAAAAGAAACACCACCGGCAACUCCUAUCGCGAAACCUCCUCUAAGGCCAAGUCCACCAGUUUUUCCUACUAAAACUGAAUUUAAAGUUAACUUUGAGAAAGAAGAAGAAGAGGUAGAAGAACAGAUUCCUGAUAACGUAUCCAAUAAUCGUGGGAGAAAAGCUUCUAGACCGGAAAUUAUUGAUCUGUCAAUAACAAAAAGCGUUGCUUUUGAAUUACCGACUCCGUCAAAUCGACCAGAUCUUCUAACAACCACAGACGAAGAAAAAUCGUUACCCUCAAAACCUUUAACACCGUAUUAUACGCAAAAAUCAAUUGAAAAGGGUUUACCAUCCGAGGACGAAGAAACUGAUCUCGAUCCUUUCGAUACCAGUUUCGUGACUAAAGUAACACCUGGUAAAACCGAGCUGAAAUUAAUCGAAUCCGAAUUACUGGAAGAAGAAUCAAAAUUAUCGCACAGCUUGAGCGAUCACGAAUUUAAUCCGAGAUCGCAGAACGAAACGUCGAGAAGAAAAAGCGAUUUUACCGUAACUUCAUUCAGGCCUAAUAAUUUAGAAUUUGUUCAUGCAACUGUUGGCAAUCCAUUGAAAGAAAUAAUUGAAACAAAAUCGGAAAAAAAGGAACUUACUAGACGCGAAAGUUUGCUCGAUGCCGAAGUAAAAGUCGAUGCGAAACCCCUAACUCCCAAAGUCGAAUCCAAAACUAUCGAAGAAGAAGAAAUUUCAUAUGUUGACCCCUUCGAUACUUCCAUAGCCGUCAAUAUUUUACCUGGCAAGGCAGAACUGAAAGUUUUAGAAAGCGAACUGGAGCAAAUAACCGAACAAAUACGUCCGAAUCCUAUCAAUUUAAGUUCGAUCGUUGCUACUUCGUUGGUACCGGAUGAAGAAGAUUUUAAUCCAAGAGCCGACGAGGUGUCUGAAUCUAAAGAUUUUCUAUGCACGAACGAUCAAGAUCUAGAUACGAAAGUAUUAACGCCAGUUCAGUCGAAGGACAACACAUUAGAAGACGAUAUAGAUCCAUUUGAUACGAGCUUUGCUACAAUUGGACCAGGAAAAACCGAACUGAAAAUUCUCGAAUCCGAGCUCAUGCAAUUAUCUUAUCAACUUGUUUUAUUUACUAAUUUAAUCAAGAUGGAUUCAAAAGGUGGAAAUCCUUUCCUUAUGGACGAUUACACGUCCGAGUCGGACAACUCGGUUGCUGGUCAACAAGAGUUGAAUCCAUUCUUGGAAUCCUUCACAGGUGCGGCAACAACGGAACACGGAGAAAAUCCAUUCUUAAAUAUUACAAGUGAUCAAUCAUAUCAAGCACCGGUUAACGUAGAAUCAACGAAUCCUUUUGCUUCAUUUUGCGAAGAAAAUAUAUUUCAUUUACCUGAGGACACAAAAGAAGAGGAAGAAAAGCUUAGCGAACCAAUACCACAACCUGUACAAGCGAAAAAUGAAAAACCACCGCCGUCGAGACCCCCACCACCGAGGCCACAACCCCCACCACCACCACCGCCGAAAAACACAAAAGACCUUAUCCUAUCGGUUACAGGAGCAAUGGAUGCCACAUCUAAUCAUCUUUUGGAUCGAUUGCAAGCUACAAGAACCCCAAGUCCAACUCUGAUACAUUCACCCUCGCCAACACCGGAACACAGUUUUGCCGAUUUUCUAGACGUCGAUGGAAAUGUACCGGACUUGAUACCCUAUGAUAAUGAGGCCGCAGAACCACCAAAAAGUAGUCAAGACAUUUUAGAUUUAUUCGAUGCACCGAAUACGGAUACAACGUCAACGGCAACGUUCACAGUAAAUACUACAAAUUUGAUAACUGACGUGGCGGUAACUAGUACUACUCAAGAAAAUCCAUUUGCUAACAUAACCGAUGAAGAAAUUGAUUCGACUGGCCCAGCGGAAGGUGCAUUCAGUUCAUAUUAUUCAGAAACUAAAACAGUCAGUACAGAAAAAAGACCAUCGGUCUCAUCAACAAUGGCAUUUCCUAUUCAAGAAACGGAAAACCAAUCGGUCGUUGAUUUAGAUUUUUCAGAACAAACAUCGGUCACAACAACAACAACCCCAGCCCAAAUAAAUUCAGUUACGGCUACGGAAUUAUUUUCCACGGAAUCGACCGAACAAAUUUCAACAACAGUCGACACACCCUUCUUCUCGAUAUCCGACAGCACAAGUACUGCUGCACAAUAUGGGGUAACGGAAACAUCAGCAGCCACGUCUUUGGCAACAACGAUGACACAACAAAUCAAUCAACCGAUAUUUUCGAUGACGGAUACCCAACAAAAUGUUUUCUCAUCCGAUCUCUUAGGUGAUUUUAAUGAACCCGCUAAAGAAGUCGGUGGAUUGAUUUCAACCAGUCCGUUACCAGCUGCAGAAUAUCCUGGAACCGAUUCGUAUCGAUCCGAUACGCAAUUAGAUAAUUUUACUGCUACAACUAAAGCUAUUGAAAGUACCGGUGAUGCGUUUGAUGCAUUUGCAUCGAAAUUUGACAAAGCUGCUGAACCAGAAACGAAUACUGACCCAUUCUUAGAUGCAUUUGGUAAUACUGGACCUACGGCUAUGGAUACGUCUAGUGACGUAUGGGGAGAUUCGUCAGGCGGUGGAGAUACUGGAGCUACCGGUUUCGAAGAAAACGAUGGUUUUGAUUCGUUCUUAAGUAUGACAGCACCACCACAAUCGGAAACUAAAGUUAAACGAACAGAUUCCGGUGACUCUGACGAACCACCUGAUUUCAGUGUUUUCAUAAAACCGAAAGAUGGUGAUCAACUUACUCAAUCUGAAGUUGGACCGGUACCAGUUUUAGCACCACCACCGAAAAGUCCACAAAAUGCUGCUUACGCUGAUUCAUCGUCGCGUUUCAAUCCUUUCGAUAAAACAGCUGGAUUUGUUCAAGAAGCUGUUGUUCCUACUGAAACAGCUCAACCUGAAAUGACUAGAACAGAUUCUCAGGAGACACCACCGACUCCGUUGUUCGACGAGGAUGUCAGCCAACCUUUGGAAGAUUUUCCACGUGUUACGUAUACCGGUGACGGUUGGGAAAUGCAAUUACGUCAACCAAACAAAAAGAAAAUCACUGGACAACGAUUUUGGAAAAAGAUAUUCGUUAAAUUAGUUUAUCAGGGUGAUAAUCCGGUUCUUCAAUUGUUCAAUGGGAAAGACGACAAAGAUCCGUUCCAAGAGUUACCACUUUUGGCUUGUUAUUCCGUUUCGGAUAUCGGUGCUCAACAAUUCGACCAAUAUGGAAAAAUAUUCACGGUUAAGUUGCAAUAUAUUUUUUACAAGGAACGACCAGGAGUAAGACCAGGCCAGGUAACCAAAGCCGAACGUUUGACGAACAAACUAAGUCAAUUUGCUGCUUACGCGAUUCAAGGUGAUUAUCAGGGUGUUAAAGAAUUCGGUAGCGAUUUGAAAAAAUUAGGUCGUCCUGUAGAACACGCGGCACAGAUAUCUCAAUUAUUCAAACUGGGAUCACAAAAUUACGAGGACAUGAAAACAUUUUCGUGCGCUAUCGAGGAAGCCCUUUUCAGGUUAUCGGCUCACAGGGAAAGGGCGUUAACUUAUAAAAUGGAAGAAGUUCAAAUAACGGUGGUUGAUGAAUUAUACGUUGAACAAAGUGCCGAGGGUUACGUUGAAAAACAAAUAGCACGUGUCCGUCUUUUCUUCUUAGGUUUUUUGACCGGUAUGCCCGACGUUGAAUUGGGAAUAAAUGAUAUGUGGCGUCAAGGUAAAGAAGUAGUAGGAAGACACGAUAUUAUACCUGUUGUAACCGAAGAAUGGAUACGUUUAGAAAACGUCGAAUUUCAUUCGUGCGUACAACAAGACGAAUACGAAAAAUCAAGGAUCAUUAAGUUCAAACCACCAGAUGCAUGUUAUAUCGAAUUAAUGAGAUUUCGAGUAAGACCACCUAAAAAUAGGGAAUUACCGCUUCAAUUAAAAGCAGUAAUGUGCGUUACCGGUAACAAGGUGGAACUUAGAGCAGAUAUAUUAGUACCAGGAUUUGCAUCAAGAAAACUCGGUCAAAUUCCGUGCGAAGACGUGAUGGUGCGUUUCCCGAUACCGGAAUGUUGGAUCUAUCUGUUUAGGGUAGAGAAACAUUUUAGGUACGGUUCGGUUAAAUCGGCUCACAGAAGAACCGGUAAGAUCAAAGGUAUCGAAAGAUUUUUGGGUGCUGUCGAUACGUUAGAACCUCAAUUGAUGGAAGUAACAUCUGGACAAGCUAAAUACGAGCAUCAACAUCGUGCUAUUGUAUGGAGAAUGCCUAGGUUACCUAAAGAAGGACAAGGUGCUUACACAACUCACCAAUUGGUUUGUCGCAUGGCUUUAACUUCCUACGAUCAAAUACCGGAAAAUCUAGCCGAAUAUUGUUACGUCGAAUUCACCAUGCCGGCUACACAAGUUUCACACACCACGGCUAGGAGUGUGAGUUUUCAAAAUAGUGACAGCGAUUCUCCUCCGGAAAAAUACGUACGAAAUUUGUCGCGACACGAAUACAGAGUUGGUAUUGAACAUACGCAAGGUGAGGGACCAGGUGCUUACGUGACAGCAACGUUAACUAAAAAAAUUCCUGAAACUACACCGGAAACUCACGGUGAAGUUUCUGACACCCCGGCUGAAUCAGAUUCCGAUUCUUCGGAAUAAUUUUUUAAAAAAAGAGAGAAAGAGAGAGAGAGAGCGUUGUCAAUUCUUCAAGGUCACGUGAGGUGAUUGUUCUUCUUUAUCGAGAGUGUAUGAUAAUACUGAUAUUAAAUGGUAUCGUUAUGUCUAUGAAAUAACUAUGAUGAGAGAGAGAGAGAGAAAGAAAGAGAGAUGUUCUCUUUAACUGAUCGAUGAAGCGUUGUUAUUCGCUGACUCUAAGUUGCUUGUUAAGUCGAUUAAUGACUUUGCUAUUGUACUUAUUGCAAAUUUGCCUGUAUAAGGAUUAAAUGAAAUACGUGUGUAAAUCGGUACAGGCUGUUUCGUAAGUUUAAUAAUUAACAACUUAAUAUUCGGCAUCAGAGACAUAUAUAUAAUAUCCGUUAAGAUCAAAAAUCACCAAAAGAAAUAAAACAAUUUGAUAUAAUAUACGACACGACUAACGAAAUAACAGGAAAGAAUUAUAAACAAUAAUGAACGAAGUGUUUCACAACAAAUCGUUUAUAACAAUUAUGCAAGUGUUAAUACUUUUCUUUUUGUAAUAAAUGACAAGGGAAAAAUAAAAAGAAAAUGGAUUAAAUAAACAACGCGAAUUUAUAUGGUACACAUAUUUGUUUUUUUUUGUUUUUUUUUUUGUUUUUCGGUUCGAUUAUAAUUUAAAAAAUCAUUACUUUUUUUUUCUAUUAAUAUAAUUGUUAUAGCUCACGAAACGUCUUGCAUCUAUUUACACGCACAAACGUAGUACAUAAUGGGAUUAAUAACAAAAACAAAAACAAAAAAAAAAUAUAUAUGAGAUAAAUAAAAAUUAAUUUUUAAGAGACGACAAUACACUGCUGUUUUGUUCAGCUUAGCUUGCUAAGUCGUAGAAGAACACUUGCGGUGGAAGGCUUUGAUUAAUGGCCGUCGUGUUUCAAAGACUUAAUGAUAUAUUCGAAUGAUUAUAAUAAAAGGAAAACAACAAAAAAAAAA